AUGUUCUGCCGUUCGGGCUUUUUUUUCACAAAAAAUUCCAGCGUGCUCAAUAUCUUGAAGAGCACGCGGGGGCUGCGUCUCUCUAUAGUUCCUCCAAAGAGACUGUCGUUCAGCAUAUGGCGCUCCUUGGGUCUUCGAGGCUACUCUACUGCCUCUUCUGAACUCGCAGCCAACCAGGUUCCCAAGAUCAAUACUGAACCUUUGAAGAAAGCCUUUUCUGGGAAACACUCUCCUCCAGUGGUUUCCAGCAAAACUACCGGCUAUUGGCUCAUCGCUACUUCUGGGUUGAUCUUUGGUAUUGUCGUUGUGGGCGGCUUGACCAGACUCACAGAGUCAGGCCUCUCUAUCACUGAGUGGAAACCAGUCACUGGUUCUAUCCCUCCUAUUGGAGAAAAAGCCUGGGAGGAGGAGUUUGAUAAGUACAAGAACUCCCCUGAGUUCAAGCAGUUGAACUCGCACAUUACCUUGGAGGAGUUCAAGUUUAUCUUUAGCAUGGAAUGGGGACACCGCCUUUUGGGUAGAGCCAUCGGAAUGUUUUUCGUUUUACCUGCCAUUUACUUCUGGAAGACAAAGAAAUUCAGCCCUCACGUCACGCGAAGAGUCGUCGGUCUUACCGGUCUCUUAGGGUUACAAGGCUUUAUCGGUUGGUGGAUGGUCCAGAGUGGAUUAGACGAGGAGCAGCUUGCCGAUAGAAGGUCUAAACCAACUGUGUCCCAAUACAGAUUGACUACUCAUUUGGGUGCUGCAUUCUUGAUGUACUUGGGUGUUCUCUGGACUGGGUUUGAAAUUCUCAAUGAAAGCAAGUGGAUUCAGAACCUCUCCACCAAGGCUGAGGCUGUCACCACCCAGCUCGCAAAGCUUAACAAUCCGGCUUUGAACCCCAUGAGAAAGAUGUCUCUUGCCUUAUUGGGCUUGACUUUCAUCACCGCAAUGUCAGGAGGUAUGGUGGCCGGCUUGGACGCCGGUCUUAUCUACAACACAUUUCCGCACAUGGGCGAAGACUACGUUCCUUCUCGCAGAGAGCUCAUGGACCCUGUUUACGCCAGGAAAGAGGAUCUUUCUGACUUAUGGUGGAGAAAUUUACUCGAGAACCCAACAACCGUGCAGCUUAUUCACCGUAUACUUGCAACCUCCACUUUCUUUUCCGUGUUGGCUGCUUAUAUCUACGUCAACAGACGUAAAAAGAUCGUUACUCCAAAUGCAAAGAAGGCAAUGCAUACUAUGAUGGGUUUAGUCACAUUCCAGGUGGCUUUGGGCAUCUCUACCCUUAUCUACUUGGUUCCUCUACCAUUGGCUGCUGGCCACCAGGCCGGGGCUUUGGCUCUUCUCACUGCUUCUUUGGCAUUUGCAGCAAACUUGAAGAGACCUAGGCCACAAACUGUUAGCUACAUCAGUGCUAGGAUGAAAGAGAUGCUUCUCAAGAAGAAGUGA